AUGUUUCCGGAUGUACCUGCACUGCUUGGGUACCUACCGGACCAGGUGGACACGUUGUUUCUGCAUGUGGGCACCACAGACAUCAUGAAAACAGGCUCUUCAAGGCCACUGGACUCAUUGAGGGAGGCGUUGCAACGGGUGAUCAGCGCCCUCGCUCUUCUCGUUGCCGCGUGCACGUCCGUGCAUGCUGGUGUUGUGGCUGCGCCCGCAGUGGCGUACGCUGCGCCCCUGGUUCACGGCUAUGCCGUGGCUCCCGUAGCCACGUCGUACGCGACCAAGACGGUGCACUCGGUGGCGCCCGUGCUGGCUGCUGCGCCCCUGAAGGUCGCCGCGCCCGCCGUCUACGCGCCCGCCGUUAAGGUGGCCGCGCCAGUGGCGUACGCUGCCCCCGUAGUGAAGGCUGUGGCCCCGGCUUACCCUGCGCUGGCCCUCGGUUAUGGCCACGGUAAUGGACAUGGCUACGGCCUAGGCUACGGCAUUGCGCCCGCCUACGGCGCCAUCGCCUACGCAGCACCCGCCGCUAAGCUCGUCGGACCAGCCUACGCGGCGGCACCUUACUACGCCGGGUACAAGCACUACUAAACCACCCCUGAAAAGCGGUGAUGACAAGUGGUUCAACUCGCCACUUAACGCAGAAGGGUGAUAGAAAAUGACUUCUGUUGUUUGCAGAAAAAAA